ACAACACUGAGCACUGGUCUGAAGAGAGUACAGAACAACAUCCAUUUUCUGAGCCGCUUCUCCUCACUCGGGUCGCGGGCGUGCUGGAGCCUAUCCCAGCUGUCAUCGGGCAGGAGGCGGGGUACACCCUGAACUGGUUGCCAGCCAAUCGCAGGGUAGAGAACAACAUACAGGAUGUCAGUGGGUGGGUCGUCACUGACUUGUGAAACAUGCCAGAGAUGAAGUUCUGCAUAGUCACACCAUUCACAAACAACACACUCCUCUGCUUCACUGUCGCUCCAGCACUCGGAGGGUGAAGUCACACUUUCACGUCCCAAAAGGUGGACACACAUAACGUUUUCUUUUACGUCUUUCUCAACGCUCUCAUCUUGGUGGUGGACAAGUAAAGAUGAAUCUCCCUCUGUCAGUGCUUAUAUGUCUGUCAGUUGUUCAGAUGUGUGUGGGGGACCAGCCAGUGGAGGAAGUCAUUGUACCAAGAAAAGUGCCUCUAUUGGGUGGCUGGUUCGAGAGGAGUCCAGAGUCACAGGAGGUUCAGGCGGCGGCUCAGCACGCUGUGGACACGUUCAACACACACUCAAAGGCCAAGAAAUUGUUCAAACUGGCGUCCAUCACAUCUGCACAGGCUCAGGUGACCAACAGCAUCAACUACAGGAUCAAUGCAGUACUGGGAAAAACAAAAUGUCUCAAGGGUGAAAAUCAUGACUUGAACAGCUGCAAUGUUGAGAAAAAGCAUCUCAAGUGUCACUUUGAGGUGAUGUUCAACCCCCGCAACAACAAACAUGAGCUGCAGAUGCAAAAGUGCAAGAGGCCUGUGCCCACCAUUCAAGCGUAAAUCUUUUGCAUUUUUCUUACAUUUUGGUAUAAUGACUGAAAGUGUUGCAUUCGUAAUGAGCAACCUACGAUGACACAACAGACCAAUAAAGUGUGUGCUUGAUGAGUCAA